AAAAGGAGGGGUGCAGGCUAGCCCCACAUCUGUCUCAGACCCUGGCCUUAGGACAGUCUUCCUGGACAGGAAGGGGGUGAGAACCUGGAGCACCCAUCCCCUGUCAAGGCCCAGGAAUUUCUGUCAGGUGAGCAGGAAGCAAUGAAGGCGUCAGAUGGCAGCCUCCUAGGAGACCCUGGGCGCGGACCGCUGAACAGAAAGGAAGGCCUCAAGUGGCAGAGGCCAAGGUUCACCCGCCAGGCCCUGAUGCGCUGCUGCUUGAUCAAGUGGAUCCUGUCCAGUGCUGCCCCGCAAGGCUCAGACAGCAGUGACAGUGAACUGGAGCUGUCCACGGUGCGCCACCAGCCAGAGGGCUUGGACCAGCUGCAGGCCCUAACCAAGUUCACCAAGAAGGAGCUGCAGUCCCUUUACCGAGGCUUCAAGAAUGAGUGUCCCACGGGCCUGGUGGAUGAAGAGACCUUCAAACUCAUUUACUCACAGUUCUUUCCUCAGGGAGAUGCUACCACCUACGCACACUUCCUCUUCAAUGCCUUCGAUGCUGAUGGGAACGGGGCCAUCCACUUUGAGGACUUCGUGGUUGGGCUCUCCAUCCUGCUCCGAGGGACGGUCCAUGAGAAGCUCAAGUGGGCCUUCAAUCUCUAUGACAUUAACAAGGAUGGUUACAUCACCAAAGAGGAGAUGCUGGCCAUCAUGAAAUCCAUCUACGACAUGAUGGGCCGCCACACCUACCCCAUCCUGCGGGAGGACGCACCCCUGGAGCAUGUGGAGAGGUUCUUCCAGAAAAUGGACAGGAACCAGGAUGGAGUGGUGACCAUUGACGAGUUUCUGGAGACCUGUCAGAAGGAUGAGAACAUCAUGAACUCCAUGCAGCUGUUUGAGAAUGUCAUCUAGGACACAUGGGAGGGGACCCUGAGUGGUCAUUGCUUCUCAGCCUGGAGAAGCCUCAAUCCUGCCUCAUACAAGCGGCCUCUAUGAGAAACAUUUUUCUAAUAUAUUUGCAAAAACUGAGCAGUUUACUACCAAGACAGACACAGACAGAGUCUUUCUCUCUCACUCUGUCUCUCUCUCUGUCUCUCUCUCUGUCUCUCUCUCUCUCUGUCUCUCUCUCUCUGUCUCUCUCUCUCUGUCUCUCUCUCUCUCUGUCUCUCUCUCUCUCUCUCUCUCUCACACACACACACACACACACACACACACACAUGGUUUCUCUGACUUGGCAGAGGAGGUGGCAGCCAGAAGGUACUCCUAGUUCUUCCCAGAUCAAUAAAUGGGACUGCCUCUGGGGGUCCCUUCUGUCCUUUCUACCACUUGGGAGACCAGGCUACUCCCUGCCCAUGGACCCAUGUUCCUAGGAAGCUCCCAGAAACCAUACAGGGGCCCAGAGGGAAGAGGUCUGAGCAGGGGAGAAAUAAUGAUAGAAGCUGAGCCUGCAGCUUCACGCUGAUGUUCCUCUGGGGUCCUGGAACCCCAGUACCAGAUCACCUAUUUUGGGGUGAGCUUAGAUCAUGAGGGACCACUGGGCUAUGUCCUUAAAGAACAGAGCAGGAUUGAGGUUUUUGGAGAAGCUGGGGGAACAAUUUGUCCACACUAUUGGGUGAUGGAACAUCAACUGGCCAAUGGGGAUGUGGUGGGCGGAGCUCUUGCAGCGCCCAGCACCAGGCUGGCCUCUCCAAGGUACUCUUUGGUUCUGGUGGGGAGGGGUCACCUGGCUCAGGAACUGAUAACCAAGAAGCUGGACUGUAAUGGGAAAGGCCUGGUAGGGGUAUUCCCCUCCUCUUCCCUGGCCACUUGCCACCCAGUUCCUUGGCACGGCAGAUCUUUCACAGCUCUGUGGCUGCCCUUGAAUAGGCUCAUCCCAACCCAAAAAAAAGCACAAACACCCUAACAGCUCAGGCCAGGCCCACAGAGGAGGCAGGGGCCCCUGAUUGGGGGAGACCUGGCUCUCCUCAGCCCUGACUCGGUGGCAUGAGGAAGAUGCUCGGAAUCCAUCCUGUGCCUCAGAGCCGUGGGGUCUCAGAGCUCUUUCCCAGCCCAGCUCGCCAACAUUCUAAAGCACAAACCAAGGACUGUGCUUGCCUGGGCUGCCCCCUGGGAAUGGGAGGCCAUGUCAGCUCUAAGUUGAAGCUAGCCAUGAGAACUGGGGGCCUGUGACCAGGCAACAGGUCGGCAGACCCUCAGGAGGAGAGAGAGCCUCUCCUGCCUGCCCAGGCCUCCCCCAUAAGGGACUAAGUCCCAGGCAGCAUGUUCCCCAAAGGAACAUUCCCACAGAGUACAUUCCAUCAACUGCAGCCUAGUCUCUGCUCAGGCCCAGCUCCGAGAGUCCAUGGUGUUCCCCGAGAAGGUCAGCCCAUGGCUAAGGGGGGCCCUUAGAGGAUAGGCAGGGUGACCAUGGCCCCCCAUACACAGGUGGAUCCCCUUCUCAGGGCUACACUGACCCCAUCUCCAUCCUGACUGGGGACCCCUUUACCCCAUAUAGAGGCCAUCAGCUUUCCCUGGCUCAGGGACCUCCCCUCCCCCAGCCUGGUCCCUCCCACUGGGGUUCCUACACUGGUGAGAAGCCAAGGCCAAGGGAGAAAGUUACUACUCAGCUCUAACCCACCCCACCCCUUAGCCUCUGGCUGCACGCCCAACCAGGAGGGGUCUGUACCCCUUGCAGGGACACAGACUGGCCGCAUGUCUGCAUGGCAGAAGCGUCUCCCUUGAGUGCAGCCUGGGAGGGGGGUUCCUGUCUCAGGGGCCCACCAAUAUUCAGUCCUAUAUAUUUUAAUAAAAUAAACUUGAC